AAAAGGAGCUCAAUAUUUUUUUUUUUUUUUGAAAGGUUUAUCCCAAGCAUAAAAUAUUCAUUUUAACAGUUGAAUCUCACAUCGGUUAAUCAUAGCAUGUUAUAAUAAUCCCACGCCAUUGCCACUCAAAUCAAUUCCAUCCGCCAAUUUCUCCAAACAAUCCCCCUUCCACCCCCCGCCAUGAAUUUCUUCAAUUCCGUCUUCUCCGAUCAACCCGACUCCCCGUCACACAACUCCGACCAAUCCGACUCCUCACCACACGAUUCCGACCAACCCGAUCCAGACCACGACACUCCCACCGCAUCCACCGCUUGGAGCUUCGGCGGUCUCAUCCAAACCCUAGCAUCCAAAUCCGAAUCCGUCAUCGAGAAUUACCGUCGCGAUCUCGAAGAAUUCGGCUCCGGCUUAAGAAUUGAAACAUCCGUGAUCCGUGAAGCCGCUUCACGCGCCGUUAAAGACCUUCCUGCUUCCCUCGAUGUCGGCGCUUCGGUUGCUCAGGAAUCCCUCGAAACCGUCGGACAAGCUAUCGAUGAUAUCGGUAGUAGCGUUUGGAAAUCGACGGCGCAGAUUAUCUCUCAUGGUAGGGAUUCUCUCUUAUCCCCUGAUUCUGAUUCUGAUUCUUAUGAUUCAAGUAAUAAUAGAUUGAGGAGUAGUGGUAGUGUUGGUCAAGGUUUGGAUUUGAAACGUUAUAGUAGAUUUGAUUCAUUGGUGCGUGCUCUUCAGAGUGAUGUUAAUACUUAUUUGGAAGAACCUGAAGAUUUGGGGAAUUUCAAUGAAUGGAAAUUAGGGUUUGAAAUGGAUAACAAGGAAGAGGAGAUUGAGAGUUUGAUUAAAGAGAAUGAUGCUGUUGAGGAAAUUUACGAGAAGGUUGUGCCUAGAAAGAUUGAUGAUGAGAGAUUCUGGAGUAGGUAUUUUUAUAAGCUGCAUAAGCUUAAACAAGCCGAGGAUGCAAGGGCGACGCUUGUGAAGCGAGCUAUUUCGGGCAAUGAAGAGGAGGAUUUGAGUUGGGAUUUCGAUGAUGACGAUGAUAAUGAUGAUGGGUAUGUGCCAAAUGUGCCCAAAGGUAGUAGUAGUACUAGUGGGGUUUCUGAAUUGAAGGAGGAUAAUUCAGCUGAGGUUGUUGCCGCCGCGGAUGGUGCUAUUGCGAAUGUUGAGAUUAUUAAGGAUUUGAAGAUAGAAAAUGAUGAGAAAGGUGUUGUUGUUUCUCAUGAAUCUGUAUCUGCUGAUGGCGGUGAUGAUAAGUUGGAGGGGGUGAAUCAUAAUGACAAUGUAGAAUCUAAUGUUCCUGUAACUGUGACUUUGAGUGAUCAAGAUGAUAAGUUGGAUGUAAAAAAUGAGGGUUUAGAAACGAAGACAGAUAGUGAUAUUUCGGUUGUUUCAAGUCAACCUUCAAUGCCUGAGGAAGAAGACAUUAGCUGGGACGAAAUUGAAGAUGUUGAAAGCAAUGAUGAAAGUAAAGGAGACGUUGCUGGUGGGUCCGAAAGUAGGAUUGAUUUGCGGAAGAGGUUGAGUUCGGCAACAGCAGAUCAAGAUGAGGAUCUCAGUUGGGAUAUUGAAGAUGACGACGAGGCUGUCAAGUCAUGACCAGAUUGUUAGUUCAUGAUUAUUAUUAUUGCUUCAUUUUAUAAACACAAAUUGUUCAUUAAGGGUAUGAUUUUUUUACUUGUAAUUGAAUGAUGUAAAUAAGCUCUGUUUUUUAUGUCUUAUACAACAAGCUCAACGGGAUAAAAUGAGCACCAGUUGAAAUUAAGUUCAAUUUGUAAGCUCGUGUGGACCCUUCAUUCUCUGUGAGGAAGGUUCUUUCACAAUGUUCUUUGGCAUCUUUUGUGAGAAGGAAUGCUCAGUUCUUUGCAAUCCCUUUAUUAUAGGGAUUGCAUAAU